AUGACACAAAUCAUGCAAAUGUCAACGACAAACCAGAAGAAUCAGGAUGCAGCAAUCAAAAAUUUGGAAACUCAAGUGGGCCAACUUGCCAAGCAGAUUGCAGCUAAUCAAUCUAAUGCAACAUUCUCCGCCAACACUCAAGAGAAUCCAAAAGAACAUUGCAAAGCAGUGGUGACAAGAACUGGUCAAAAAGGAAGUACUGAUGAAGUUGAAAACAAUGAUGCUGAGAAGGAAGAUGACAAUCAUGCUAUCGAAGAUGAGGAAAAUGAAAUUAUUAUAGGUGAGGCGGACCAAAGACAAAUGAAUAAAGAAGUGGAAAGAAACGACAAAUCAAAAAGAAAGAAAGCAUGUGAAGAUGGCAAACAACGUGAUACCGAGUCAACAUCUUCCAUAUCCGCAUGCGCCAUCAAAGAAGGAUAA